AUGACGCUGUUCUUGAUUGUUCCACCUCUCAAGAAAUAUGGAAAGAACUCCUUUAUAUGGAUUGGUCUGACACCAAGGGUGAGUGUUACGGACACUGAACAAGUAAAAGAUAUCUUCUCCAAGCACACCACCUUUCAAAAGCCGCAAGGAAAUCCUCUUACCAAGUUACUAGUAACCGGUCUUGCCUGUUAUGAAACUGAGAAAUGGGCUAAACACCGAAAGAUUAUCAAUCCAGCAUUCCAUCUAGAGAAAUUGAAGAGUUUUUUACCAGCAAUUCAUCAGAGUUGCAACGACAUGAUUUGCAAAUGGGUAAGUUCCAUUACCAAAGAAGGGUCCAUUGAGUUAGAUGUAUGGCCCUAUCUCCAAAAUCUCGCAAGUGAUGUGAUUUCGAGGACGGCCUUCGGAAGUAGCUAUGAAGAAGGGAGACUGAUUUUCGAACUCCAAAGAGAGCAAGCAGAGCUUACGAUGAAAUCCGUACAGACUGUCAUUUGUUUAUAUGAAUGGCUUGAAUGCAGGUAUCUACCAACUAAGAUGAACAGGAGGAUGAAAGAAAUUGACAGUAAAAUACGAGCAUCACUCAAAGACCUUAUCAACAAAAGAGAGAAGGAAACAAAAGCAGGUGAGGCCAGAAAUGAUGACUUACUGGGCAUACUUAUAGAAUCCAACAUCAAAGAAAUACAAGAGCAUGGGAACGACAAGAACAUCGGAAUGAAUCUUAAAGACGUAAUAGAGGAAUGUAAGUUGUUUUAUUUUGCUGGGCAAGGAACCACCUCUGUCUUGCUCGUUUGGACAAUGGUUAUGCUGAGUAAGUAUCCAUAUUGGCAAGCACGUGCAAGAGAAGAGGUUUUAGAAGUUUUUGGCAAAGAUAACAAACCAGACUUCGAGGGGUUAAACCACUUAAAAGUUGUUACCAUGAUACUUUACGAGGUUCUAAGACUAUACCCACCUGUAGUUGUUCUAAAUCGAACAACUCAUGAGGUUACGAAACUUGGAACAUUGUCCUUACCAGCUGGAGUUCAAAUCUCCUUGCCGACAAUCCUCAUCCAUCACGAUCAUGAACUUUGGGGAGAUGAUGCAGACGAGUUCAAACCAGAGAGAUUCUCUGAUGGAGUCUUAAAAGCUACAAAAGGCAAACUAUCAAUUUUCCCAUUUGGAUGGGGUCCUAGGAUAUGCAUUGGACAAAACUUUGCUAUGAUUGAAGCUAAAGUAGCCCUCUCAAUGGUUCUACAACGCUUCUCUUUUGAGCUUUCACCAUCCUAUGCUCAUGCGCCUUUUAAUAUUAUUACCCUUCAACCACAAUAUGGCGCUCACAUCAUUCUACGAAAUCUGUAGAAUAGAAAUCUGUGUGUGGUUAACAUGUUAAGAUGAUUUUGUUAUCAUAUUGAAGCUCAUGUCAGCUAAAUUUAUUACUAAUAAUUACAAUAUGAUAUAAAAGAAAUCAAUCAACCUUGAGUUAUUCAAA